AGUUUUGCGGUUGGGCAAAUAUUACGUGGACACCAAAAAGCAGCUCACCUCACUUUAUGACAGUGUCGUCAUCAUAUAUAUAGCCUAGUUACGCAGAAACCGUACAAAAGCUCAGUUGUGUUGUGAAACAGCGAGAGUGAAGUGAGUGAUGUUUUUGAACGAUAAUAACAAUACUAACGGCUACAACCACCAUCAACCACCGUCACCACCGCCGCCGGGAAUGUUGCAAACUCACAGUCACCAUGACCGUGCUCGCCGUGGCACUCGCCGUUCACGUGCUUCCGCUUCCACUUCUAAUUCCAUUGUUAGGGUUUCCGAUACCGAACAACAACCACCACCACCACCACAAGACCAACAACAACAACAACAACCUAAUCGAUCUCCUUGCACCGAUUACGAUAUGGCGUAUUUUCAUUCCUAUGCUCACCUCGGUAUUCACCAAGAAAUGAUCAAGGAUCGUGUGCGGACUGAUACUUAUAGGGAAGCAAUCAUGCGGCAUCAGGAUUCUAUUGCUGGAAAAGUCGUAGUUGAUGUUGGAUGCGGUACAGGAAUCCUUUCCAUAUUUUGUGCUCAGGCCGGUGCAAAGCGGGUGUAUGCAGUUGAUGCCAGUGACAUUGCUCUGCAGGCAAAUGAAGUUGUUAAAGCAAAUAACCUUUCUGAUGUUAUCAUUGUAUUGCAUGGACGAGUUGAGGAUGUUGAAAUUGAUGAAGAGGUGGACGUUAUAAUUUCAGAAUGGAUGGGCUAUAUGCUACUAUAUGAGAGCAUGCUUGGGAGUGUUAUUACUGCCAGAGAUCGCUGGCUCAAACCUGGUGGUCUUAUUUUUCCUUCAAGUGCAACGUUGUACAUGGCUCCUGUUACACAUACUGACAGAUACAGUGACAGCGUUGACUUUUGGCGCAAUGUGUAUGGAAUUGAUAUGUCUGCCAUGUUAUCAUUAGCAAAACAAUGUGCAUUUGAGGAACCUUCUGUUGAGACGAUAACUGGUGAAAAUGUUCUGACAUGGCCACAUGUGGUAAAAUAUCUUGAUAGUUAUAAUGUUACCAUCAGCGAGUUAGAAAGUGUAACAUCGAAGUUUAAGUUCAACUCAAUGAUGCGAGCUCCACUGCAUGGUUUUGCAUUUUGGUUUGAUGUUGAGUUUAAUGUGCCUACGGUAGCACCAACAUCAGUUAUUGAAAGUCAUCAGGUGAAUGGUAGUUUGAGAAAAAGGCGAACAAACCCAAGUGAAACACUGGUACUAUCCACUGCACCGGAGGACCCUCCAACACAUUGGCAGCAGACAUUGGUAUACUUUUAUGAUCCUAUUGAGCUGGAACAAGAUCAAGUAAUUGAAGGUUUGGUGACGUUGACCCAAAGCAAAGAAAAUGCCCGGUUUAUGAAUAUUCACCUGGAAUACACUUCAGGUAAUCGAUCGUAUGUGAAAGAGUCUGUUAUGAGAUGAUCUCCACAUGAGACUGUUGCAUAUAUAUCUUUGCUGGCUUUGUCCUCCAUCAGAAUUACGAUAAUUGUUUGGGUCACGAGAACCACUAAUCAUCCCUGCUAGAUUAGAAUAUUCUACUGAGGGACUUGUUAGCACAUGUAGUUAGGUUAAUCAAACGAAAUUUUGUUGUAAUUCAUUGGUCUACAAGGAGUGGUUGAGUUAUGUCAUAAUUCGUUUAUUGUUGUAAUUUUUUAAGCUUCACUUUGGGGCUGUCAUUUCAUUUUUCAUUUUUCAUUUUUCAUUUAGGGCAUUGCUGGAAUAUCUUCAACUAUUUUUAAAAACCUCAUUCUUGUCAAUUUAUUUAUAUGAAAUCAACUGGUCCUUCCUGGUGGCUUCACUUUUGACUUGA